AUCACUCCGAGGAGUUUGCCUCCACCAUUCCCAAGCCCGCCCCGGAGCGCUCGCGGGGGCGGGACGGCCCCCCAGGACGCAGGGAUCCGAUCCUCGCCAAGGCGUUCCGGUCAGCAGCAGCCCCGCCACUCCCCCGGCCCUGCCGCGCUGGGAAGCCCCAGUCCCCGCCAGCCCAGUCGCGCUGGCGCUUUAAGGUCGGGCGAGGCCGGCUGGGCGACAGCGCUAGACACCUGGAGCUGCCCGGAGCCGCCUGGAGUCUCGGCGGGACCCGGCGGCAGGCGAGGACGUGCGGGAGAGGUGGGGCGGGCGCGGUCACCACCGGAGUGGAGAGAAGGCCUGGGUCUCGAGCGCCCCUGCGAGCCCUGCCGCAGCGGCAGAGCCCAGCGGGGAGCGCGCAGCCCUCGGGGCCGAAGCCAGGGGUGAGGCCGGGCUCGGGUCCCUGCUCACCCGGCGCGGGCGGCCGAGAGGGCGCGGCUGGUGAGGCCUGGACGGGCCCGGGAGCCCGGCCUCGCUUUCGCCGGCUGAGGAGCAGGGGUGGGGGUGGCGGGCCAGGGCCUCCCCCUAACGCCCCUGCCUCCUGCAGACCCGAGGGUCGCUGCCGGCAGGGUCGCUCUGCCCUGGCGUUCCCCGCAGCCACGCCUUCACCCGCGCCCAGCUCCCCGCGCGCCUGGACAGCGCCUGCCACCCGCCGCGCCAUGGCCCUGCCCCAGAUGUGUGAUGGGAGCCAUGUGGCCUCCACCCUGCGGUAUUGCAUGACGGUCAGCGGCACAGUGGUUCUGGUGGCUGGGACGCUGUGCUUCGCUUGGUGGAGCGAAGGGGAUGCAAGCACCCAGCCUGGCCAGCUGGCCACACCGACGGACUACCCGGUGCCCAAGGGACCCAGCCCCCUGCUCAGGUCGGUCAGCUUCGUCUGCUGUGGUGCAGGUGGCCUGCUGCUACUCAUUGGCCUGCUGUGGUCUGUCAAGUCCAGCACCCGGGGGCCAACCCGAUGGGACCCCUACCACCUCUCCAGAGACCUGUACUACCUCACUGUGGAGUCCUCAGAGAAGGAGAGCUGCAGGUCCCCCAAGGUGGUUGUCAUCCCCACUUAUGAGGAAGCCGUGAGCUGCCAGCUGGCUGAGGGGCCCCCAGCGCCACCUGCAUACCCUACAGAGGAAGCGCCGGAGCCACGUGCCUCGGGGGACGCCCUGCUGGGCACCCAGCCCCCCUGGCCUCCGCCCAGCUAUGAGAGCAUAAGCCUUGCUCUUGAUGCCAUUUCUGCAGAGACAACAGCAAUUGCCGAGCGCGCCUGCUCAGGCCUGGCUCAGACUGCAGCGGGAGGAAGUUAAAGGUUCCUAGCGGGCCCUGAAUCCAGAGACAAAAGUGCUGUGCCUCUCCAGAGCCUUGUGCAGUGCCUGGGACACAGUAGGCACUCAACAAAUGUUCCUUCGAAGGCUGUUCUAUUUAUCUAUUCCUGUAUAACAAGCCACCCACAAUUUAGUGACUUAAAAUAAAUCCCAGUUUCUGAUGUCUCA